GAGUAAUGGCAUGAGUACUGCUUUAUACUGUUUAGACAAGCUUUACAGUGCGCGCGCUGGAAACUAAUACUCGACUUCUUCUGCUCUCACGCCAGUCACAAAUUAGGCCGUCAGGCACUGCGGGGGGAGGCGGCGGACUGUAAGACAAACUGUAAACUUAGUCAAAAGCGACUAAAGUCCCCCAAACUCACAGGCUGAAGAGGCUUCGAACGCAAACGAUUCAUCCUUGCUGGCUGUUCCAAGGGAGGAUACACUGCUGGACAUGUGAAUUUAAAGGAGAUACUUGCUAAGCACAACAAUGAAACCAACGACUACCCCGUGUUGCUUCGGCUUUCUCCUGACUUGCUUCUUGUUUGGGUCGAGCUCCUCACAAUCAGUAUGUGCUGGUACAGAGAACAAGCUGAGCACGCUGUCGGACCUGGAGCAGCAGUACCGCACCCUGAGGAAAUACUACGAGAACUGUGAAGUCGUAAUGGGAAACCUUGAGAUCACAAGCAUCGACCGCAGUCGGGACCUCACUUUCCUCAGAUCUAUCCGAGAAGUGACAGGCUAUGUGUUGGUGGCCCUGAACCAGUUUGACUACCUCCCUUUGGAGAACUUGAGGAUCAUCCGAGGAACCAAGCUAUAUGAGGACCGGUACUCCCUUGCAGUCUUCCUCAACUACAGACGUGAUGGAAACUUCGGCCUGCGCCAGUUGGGUCUGAAAAACCUCACAGAGAUCCUGAGUGGAGGUGUAUAUGUAGACCAGAACAAGUUCCUGUGUCAUGCAGACACAAUCCAUUGGCAGGACAUUGUCAAAAACCCGCGAAUCCAUCCACUGGUCGUGCCCACCAACAGCAGUGUCAUAUGUCAAAAGUGCCAUCGUUCCUGUAAUGGUCGUUGCUGGGGACCAAAAGAGGACCAGUGCCAAAGCUUAACUAAGACAGUGUGUGCCGAGCAGUGUGAUGGCCGUUGCUUUGGUCCCUAUGUUAGUGACUGCUGCCAUCGUGAGUGUGCAGGUGGUUGCUAUGGACCAAAGGACACAGAUUGCUUUGCCUGCACCAACUUCAAUGACAGUGGGGCAUGCGUGACCCAGUGCCCCCAGCCUUUUGUCUAUAACCCCACCACCUUCCAGCUGGAACACAAUCCCAGGGCGAAGUACACCUAUGGAGCCUUCUGUGUCAAGAAGUGUCCACAUAACUUUGUGGUGGACCAUAGCUCCUGUGUGAGAGCUUGUCCCAGCAACAAAAUGGAGGUGGAAGAGAACCGCAUUAAGAUGUGCAUUCCUUGUACUGACAUCUGCCCAAAAGCGUGUGAUGGCAUUGGUACCGCCAGCCUACAGACAGCGCAGACAGUGGACUCCAGCAACAUUGACAAGUUUGUCAACUGCACCAAAAUCAAUGGUAACCUGGUGUUCCUCAUCACUGGCAUCAAAGGGGAUGUCUAUCACAACAUUGAAGCUUUGGACCCAGAAAAACUCAAUGUAUUCCGCACUGUUCGAGAAAUCACAGGCUUUCUGAACAUCCAGUCUUGGCCUGACAACAUGACAGACUUGAGUGUUUUCUCCAACCUGGCAACUAUUGGGGGAAGAGCGCUGUACAGUGGGAUCUCCCUGCUGGUAUUAAAGCAGCAGGGCAUCUCAUCACUGCAGCUCCAGUCCCUAAGAGAGAUCAGCGCUGGGAAUGUCCACAUCGCAGAGAACAGCCAGCUUUGCUACUACAACACUGUCAACUGGACGAGACUGUUCCGCACUGCAAACCAGAAAGUUCUGAUCCGCAACAACCAAAGCCCACAGAAGUGCUCUAAGGAGCACAUGGUGUGUGACCCGCUGUGUUCAGACGCAGGGUGUUGGGGUCCUGGCCCAGACCAGUGCCUCUCCUGCAGAUUUUUCAGCCGUGGACGAACCUGUGUGGAUACCUGCAACCUUUACGAAGGGGAUAUUCGAGAGUAUGCCAACGCGUCAGUGUGUGUGGAGUGUGAUGCCCAGUGUGAGCGAGCUGAUGAUGACUCCUUGACCUGCCACGGUCCGGGCCCAGAGCAUUGUGUGAAAUGCCUCCAUUUCAAGGAUGGUCCUAAUUGUGUGGAAAAGUGUCCCGACGGCCUGCAAGGUGCCAACAGCUUCAUCUUCAAGUACGCAGAAGCCAACAAUGAAUGCCACCCCUGCCAUGCCAACUGCACCCAGGGGUGCAUUGGACCAAGACUGCAAGACUGUAUUGGCUGGAUGGACAGAACUCCUCUGAUUGCAGCAGGGGUGAUUGGCGGCCUCUUCAUGGUGGUGAUCAUGGUGCUGAGCGUAGCGGUGUCUGUGCGCCGGAAGAACAUUAAGAAGAAGAGAGCCCUCCGUCGCUUCCUGGAGACAGAGCUGGUGGAGCCCUUAACACCCAGUGGAACAGCACCCAACCAAGCCCAGCUUCGUAUCCUGAAAGAGACAGAGCUCAAAAGGGUCAAGAUCCUUGGUUCUGGGGCCUUCGGGACUGUUUACAAGGGUAUUUGGGUCCCAGAGGGUGAAACAGUGAAGAUUCCUGUAGCCAUUAAAAUCCUAAGUGAGGCCACAGGACCCAAGGCUAACGUGGAGUUCAUGGACGAGGCCCUGAUCAUGGCUAGCAUGGAGCACCCCCACCUGGUCCGCCUGCUGGGCGUCUGCCUGAGUCCAACCAUCCAGCUGGUCACACAACUGAUGCCUCAUGGGUGCCUGCUUGACUAUGUCCACGAGCACAAGGACAACAUCGGAUCCCAGCUGUUGCUCAACUGGUGUGUCCAGAUUGCCAAGGGGAUGAUGUAUCUGGAGGAGCGUAGGCUGGUCCACAGGGAUCUGGCAGCCCGAAAUGUCCUGGUAAAAUCUCCCAACCACAUCAAGAUCACUGACUUUGGUCUGGCUCGCCUGCUGGAUGUCAAUGAGAAGGAAUAUAAUGCUGAUGGAGGAAAGAUGCCUAUCAAAUGGAUGGCCCUGGAGUGUAUCCAUUACAGGAAGUUUACACAUCAGAGUGACGUUUGGAGUUACGGGGUAACCAUCUGGGAGGUGAUGACAUUUGGAGGGAAGCCAUACGAUGGGAUUUCCACCAGAGAUAUCCCAGACCUGCUAGAGAAAGGAGAGCGUCUUCCUCAGCCUCCCAUCUGCACUAUAGACGUCUACAUGGUCAUGGUGAAAUGCUGGAUGAUUGAUGCAGACAGUCGGCCCAAGUUCAAGGAGCUGGCUGCAGAGUUCACUCGGAUGGCUCGUGAUCCCCAGAGAUACCUGGUCAUCCAGGGUGAUGACCGUAUGAAGCUACCUAGUCCAAACGACAGCAAGUUCUUCCAGAGCCUCCUGGACGAGGAGGAGCUGGAGGACCUGAUGGAUGCUGAAGAGUACCUGGUGCCCCACUCCUUCAACAUUCCACCACUGGCAUAUACUCCCCGCACACACAUGGACACCAACAAGAACCAGUUUGGCUACCAGGAUCCUAGUUUCAGCAUGGAGAAUAUGCUGGCCACCCUCCCCAGAGUGGUCUCUGUUCCACCUGUGUCUGGGGGCUGCCUCCCUCCACAAGACCUGGCCUCAGUGGGGCAGAUUGGUGGUGGAUUUGGCCGUGGCAACCAGGAUGACCCUCGCUGCAAUGGCACCCUGAGGAAGCAGGCCUCCCCAAGGUCAAGUACCCUUGGGGCUGGCUCAGCUCUCACUGCAGGACAAGGUGGAAGGGAGGAUAGUACUGGACAGCGUUACAGUGCCGAUCCAACCGGUCUUUUAGCGGAACGAGGAGCAAAAGGUGACAAGGACCAGGAUAGCUACAUGACUGCCAUGAGAGACAAGAACAACUCAGACUAUCUCAACCCAGUAGAGGAAAACCCCUUUGUCACACGUCGUAGGAACGGUGACGCCCACGCAGUGAUUGAUGGAGCGAGUUGCCACACCCUGCACAUGGCUGGAGCCGCUGCUGCACCCAAGAACCAGUCCGUCCACGGGGACGAUGAGUAUGUCAACGAGCCACUGUACCUGAAUACCUUCCUUAACCCUGGGGACAAGAACGGAUUGGCUGGCGCAGUCUCCGUCUCUGGGCCGGGGUCCUCUGCUGCCCAAUCAGUAUCGCAGACAGUCAACCCAUCAACAUCAAGCCACACAGUCUCCUCUUCUGGAUAUGUGGUACCCCCUGGCCACAUCCCCCACCCAUCGUAUCCAUCACACACCCUGCAUCCGGGGCAUUCAGGACACGCUCUACACUCAGGCAUCACCAGCAGCACCAUCAUGUUUGAUAAGAAAGGCAAGAAGGCGACUUUUGACAAUCCUGAAUACUGGCAGCACAGUCUACCCCCGAAGUCCUCACUGCACAACCCUGAGUACCUGCAGGACUGCAGCACACGCUUCUUCUACCGGCAGAAUGGACGCAUUCGCCCUGCUGUGGCCGAAAACCAGGAGUACUUGUCCGAGGCUGCUAUGAAAGCUGGCAAUGUGUUGCCACCCCCUCCAUACAGACAGAGGAACACUGUAGUGUAGUGACCCACCUGUAGCACAGUGGAGGGAUGAAUAGAGGGAUAAGGGUGGAGAUUAAUGGCCUCUCGUUUCCAUGCAGUACUCCUCAACCUGGGUUCUGCUUGUACCCUCACUGAACACGUCUCUCUGUUAUGUCUGAUUGCAGCUCUUUUAUUCUGACUCUGAGGUUCUGCCUUUUCUUGACAGGACAACAAUAACUUCUCACCUCACUUGACAUUCAUCUUUUUUAGCUCAGUCCUUGGCUAUGAAAAGCAAGUAGAAACAUCUGUUCGAGUUUUGUUCUGUUCUGGAGCACGGUGUCCUGCCAUCUUUAGUAUCAGAAAG